AUGAAAUUAAGGCAAAAACAGUCGAGCAUUGAGAAAACAGCAACUGGCGUUAUUGAGAGUGCAAGUAGAACAGCGAAAAGUGUUGCCGAAAGUGUUGAAAAGAAAGUUGACGGAAAUGUGCAGUCAAGUUUAGUUCAAAAAGCUGAGCAGAAGGUUGCUGAAAGUGUUCAGAAAAGUGUUUCGGAAACAUCAUCAUCAAACCUGUCUGAGAGUUCACAAAAGUCGGUCUCUCAAUCUAUCAGUUCAUCAUCAUCAGUUAAGUCAUCCAGUUCAAAGGUUAGCUCAUCAUCAAUCUCAAGUAACAUAAAAAUCGGCUCAAGCUUCGAUUCAAUCGAGUUUUAAUUAAAUGAAAAUUUAUUGAUUGGAAAAGACAAGAAAGGUUGCGUUGGUUAAUUAUAAAAUGAUCGUAAAUAAAGAAUUAUUGUGAAAUUGUGACUCCCAUAAAACUUCCAA